GGAGCCAACCCAUUCAGGUUCUCUCAUCUGCCCAAUUUAUGUACUAGUGGUUUUUCUCCCGUAUUUCGUACAAUCUAUUGUUUUGUCAGUUGGAAGUGUGUGUCUGCACACAGAGCUGUUCAGGCCAAAGUACUGGAGGUGCCCUCUCUGGCCAUUGAGAGAUCUCCGCAGAUGUUGUGUUCAGGUUCAUUGUCAUAGAGAUAAGGAAGGGAUUGUGGCUUGCUUAUGUUCCCAAAUGAAAGCUGCAGUUGUCGGGAAGGGUGAGUCCUUUGCCCCACCGAUUUGCCACGUGUGGAGUAUCACAUCCAGGCAGGUCUGGCUGCCUUCUUUCUUCCUGCCCCCUGAGAUCUGACCCAUGAUGCUCAGCCCUUGGUCUCUUCUGGGUCGGCCUGCAAGUGUACAUGUACAUGCUCUGACCUUCCCAGAAGCCAACUCUGCCCUUUGCCUGCCAAGCUGCCAGUUAAGAUCAUCUUCCCAGCGGAGGGGGUUAAACUAAGCUGAAAUUAACUCCUUGGUAGCUCAAGGAUCCUGCUGUGUGUACAUCAAUCGUCAGUACGUGAAUCAUCCAGUAUGACAGAAGCUUUCUCAUUUUCUAUAGAACAGGGGUGGUGAACCUGGGCCAUGCAGGCAUUGCUGGACUACAACUCCCAGCAGCCUCAGCCAGCCUGGCGAGUGAUCAGGGCCAGAUCUGAAGGGCCACAGGAUCACCAUUCCUAAUGUGCAAAAUGACACUGUUGUCUCUGGGGUGUGCACUGCCUUGCCUUCCCUUUCAAGAGUUUGCUCUCUAAAUAAAUAAAGGGUCUGCAUUCGCCAUAAGAUUGUGGGGAAGGAGCAAAACAAUACAAGGAUGUGAACACACUCUCUCUCCGCUUUUUGCCCACUGCAGGGAGCUUUUGGCAUCUUUUGCGCAUGCUUUUAAUUCCCAGAGCCACCCGCUGUCACUCAUCUUUUUUUGUGGUUCCUUUUACGAUUCCUCAGCCGUAGCAGCUGGAGCAAGAAGCAAGGCCUUUUAAUUUCCCCAGAGUCUGCUUCCGCAGGAGGGGGAGAGGGGAGAAUGCAGCGUGCCUGGUUGCUAGCAUCAAUGUCUGCUUAAAGCAGCUUUCCCCAGCCUGGUGCCCUCCAGAUAUUUUGGGCUAGCACCAGCAUCCAAUGGUCCUUGCUGGCUAGGGCUGAUGGGAGAUGUAUCCCAAAGUGUUUGGAGGGCAUCAGCUUAGGGAAAGGCUGCUCUAAAGUCACAUGCCUCUGCACUCAGGCAGUGGUUGUAGCUUCUGAUUGUGCCGCCGGGGCUGAUUUCUAGAAUCAAAGUUGUGCCAGGAGCUGGCCCUUCCUGCUUGCCAGCGGCUGUGUGAGAAGCUCUUCUGCGGUGGUGGCUGAGGAGCUUUUAAGAGCAGCUCUGACAGAACAUCCUGGCUUGUAGACAUCAGAAAGGUGGCCUUGCCUAGUCAGCAGCUGGUUGGUACAUCCCAUCUGGGGUAGUAUCAAAGGGUGGCCAAACUGGUUUGAGAAAUACUUUCUCUUCCGGCCUUGGGCAGUUUGGCACUGAGGAGCAGAGAUUGCCUGUGGCACUUCCCCAAAAAUGCUUUAACUCUUUGCUGAUAGGGGAGGGAAAUACUGCAUCAGUCUGGUGAUGUUGUUUUGACCCCAACUUUUUCUUUUUCUUUUAAGAAGUCUUUUCCCUGAAGUGUGACCUAGUCAAUUUAUGGUAUGAUAACUGCAAAGCUGUAGGAAUGGAGUUUUCGUUUUUUGUUUGUUCAUUCUGUCCUUGUAGUUUUAUCUUUUUUUGCUCUCUUUGUAUACAACACUUUGGUAGCUCCUGGCUAGGAAGUGGUGUAUAAAUCUGCAUUAUUAUGCAUCAACAUCAUCACCAUCAAUGGAGAGAAGUAUGGGAGGCACUUGUGGCCCAGCCUGGCUACUCCUCAGGAAUCCCAGUUUACUAAGAAAAGCUCAAUUUUUCUAUUAGAUGUGAUGUCUCAUUCAGAAUGCUCAAGGCAGCGUAAAGUACCAUAGGACAGGAGUGGUCAACAUGGUGCCGUCCAGAUCAUAGAAUUGUAGAGUUGGAAGGGACCCUGAGGAUCAUUUAAUGCAACCCCCUGCAAUGCAGGAAUAUGCAGCUGUCCCAUAUGGGGAUCGAGCUUGCAACCUUGGCAUUAUCAGCACCAUGCUCUAACCAAUGAGCUGUCUAGGCAUUCGAUGCUAUUGAACUCAUAGGACUGUUGGCCAACCUGACCACUGGGGCUGAAAUUGGGAGUCCAAUAUGUGCAGGACACCACCACCAUGAUGCUGGCUUUCUGUACCAUGACAAUAAAUAGACAAGUAAUGGCAAGGCAGCUAUGAAAGCACAGCCUAUUGUGCCCUCUGGGGCAGCUCUCUGGCCUGGUUUAGGCCUGGCUAUGGUGAGAACCCCCAGAUUGGUCUGCAGCCUCUCUGAUGCAGCGGGCUUGGCUAGUCCCUUGGAGUCAGCUGUUGCUUGGGGAUGGGGGUGCUCCUGCCAUGCCUCUUCCCUUGCAAGCAGUCCUCCCAGCAAAGGCCAGGAGAAAUAAUUUUGUGUGUGUGUGUCUGUGUGGGCAAUGGGUAGCCUGGGAUUGUGGUCUACGGCAAGCCUCCAGGCCAGCUCUGGCUACAUCUCCUCCUUCCAGGCUCCUUUCUGCUCUGGAUCAGGGUCUUGGCUCUUGUGGUGCAUGGCCUGGGAGGGGGCAGGGAGUGCUCAGCCAGUGCUUUGUCAAGCAAUGCAAGGCCUACUCUGGCAUCGUCCUUGGCGUUGUCCUUGGCAUCCCCCACCUUGCCUUUUGCUUGACUCCCAAGAUCACCUGCUUGAGGCUGGUGUUGGCUUUCCCCCUCGCUCUGCCUCUCCUCCUCCUCCUCUUCCUCCUGCUUGUUCUCUGCUGUUUUAAUGGUUUUGCCUGAAUGUACAAGCCCUUCCUGAGCAGAGGUUGGCAUGAACACCAUUGGGUGGUUAUAAAUAAAUGUUGGCUUCUCUCCCUGCUCCUCCACCUCUCUCCACAUGAAGCACAGCCGGCUGGUUCUGCAGAAAACAUUCCCUGUUCAGCACCACUCAAGCAGUGAAACCUUCUCCAGCAGCUUAUUAAACAGAAGCCUCGGAAGAUAAUAGUGAGCCAGACUUGGAGAAGGGCUUGGAGAUGAGGAAAUGGGUCCUGUCUGGAAUCCUGGCUAGUGAAGAAACCUACUUAGGUCACCUUGAAGCUCUGUUGCUGCCCAUGAAGCCUCUGAAAGCUGCUGCCACCACCUCACAGCCUGUGCUGACCAGCCAGCAGAUCGAAACCAUCUUCUUCAAAGUGCCUGAGCUCUACGAGAUCCACAAGGACUUCUAUGACGGGCUCUUCCCGCGGGUGCAGCAGUGGAGCCACCAACAGAGGGUGGGGGACCUCUUCCAGAAGCUGGCCAGCCAGCUGGGAGUGUACCGGGCCUUCGUGGAUAACUAUGAGGUUGCCAUGGAGACGGCAGAGAAGUGUUGUCAGGCCAACGCUCAGUUCGCAGAAAUCUCCGAGAAUCUCAAGGCUAGAAGCACCAAGGAUUCAAAAGAGCAGACGACGAAAAACUCCUUAGAAACUCUCCUUUACAAGCCAGUGGACCGAGUCACACGCAGCACCCUUGUGCUCCACGAUCUACUGAAGCACACUCCAUCAAGCCACCCUGACUACCCUCUUCUUCAGGAUGCCCUCCGCAUCUCCCAGAACUUCCUGUCUAGUAUCAAUGAGGAGAUCACGCCCAGGAGACAAUCCAUGACAGUCCAAAAGGGAGAGCACCGUCAGCUCAUGAAGGACAGUUUCAUGGUGGAGCUGGUCGAGGGAGCCCGCAAGCUGCGCCAUGUUUUCCUCUUCACUGAUCUGUUCCUGUGUGCCAAGCUCAAGAAGCAGAUUGGAGGGAAAAGCCAGCAGUAUGACUGCAAAUGGUACAUUCCACUCUCAGACCUCAGCUUUCAAAUGGUGGAUGAUUCAGAGGCAGUGCCGAACAUCUCCCUUGUGCCAGAUGAGGAGCUGGAUGCUAUGAAGAUCAAGAUUUCUCAGCUGAAGAGCGACAUCCAACGGGAAAAAAGGGCUAAUAAGGGCAGCAAGAAUAUGGAGAGGUUGAAAAAGAAGCUUUCGGAGCAGGAAUCCUUGCUUCUACUGAUGUCUCCUAACAUGGCAUUCCGAGUGCAUAACCGCAAUGGCAAGAGUUACACAUUCCUCAUCUCAUCUGAUUACGAACGGGCAGAGUGGCGAGAGAUCAUCCGGGAGCAGCAGAAGAAAUGUUUCAAAAGCUUCUCACUGACUUCAGUGGAGCUCCAGAUGCUGACAAAUUCCUGUGUGAAACUUCAGACUGUGCAUCACAUCCCCCUCACGAUAAACAAAGAAGAUGAUGAGUCCCCUGGUCUCUAUGGGUUCCUGAACGUCAUUGUCCAUUCAGCCAGCGGCUUCAAGCAGAGCUCAAACCUCUACUGCACUUUAGAAGUGGAUUCUUUUGGGUACUUCGUCAACAAGGCAAAAACGAGAGUCUACAGAGACACAGCAGAGCCCAACUGGAAUGAGGAAUUUGAGAUAGAACUGGAGGGUUCACAGACACUGCGAAUCUUGUGCUACGAGAAGUGUUACAACAAAAGCAAGCUUACCAAAGAAGAUGGAGAGACCACCGACCGAAUCAUGGGCAAAGGCCAAAUCCAGCUGGAUCCACAGACAUUGCAAGAUAAAGACUGGCAACGCACUGUCAUAUUGAUGAAUGGAGUUGAAGUGAAGCUGUCUGUGAAGUUCACCAGUAGAGAGUUCAGCUUAAAGAGGAUGCCCUCCCGCAAGCAAACAGGCGUAUUUGGAGUAAAGAUUGCAGUGGUCACCAAGAGAGAGAGAUCAAAGGUGCCUUACAUUGUGCGCCAGUGUGUGGAGGAGAUUGAGCGUCGUGGCAUGGAGGAGGUGGGCAUCUACCGAGUCUCUGGCGUUGCCACCGAUAUCCAGGCUCUGAAAGCUGCUUUUGAUGUCAAUAACAAAGAUGUCUCCGUCAUGAUGAGUGAGAUGGAUGUGAAUGCCAUUGCAGGGACCUUAAAGCUCUACUUCAGAGAACUGCCUGAGCCCCUCUUCACAGAUGAACUCUAUCCCAACUUUGCUGAAGGCAUUGCACUUUCAGAUCCAGUUGCUAAGGAAAGCUGUAUGCUGAACCUACUGCUGUCUCUUCCAGAACCCAACCUUGUCACAUUCCUUUUCCUCCUGGACCAUUUGAAAAGGGUUGCUGAGAAGGAGAACAUCAACAAGAUGUCACUUCACAAUCUGGCAACUGUUUUUGGACCAACGCUGCUCAGGCCAUCGGAAAAAGAUAGCAAAAUCCCUGCUAAUCCAACUCAGCCAAUAGCCAUGACUGAUAGCUGGUCACUAGAAGUCAUGUCCCAGGUCCAAGUUCUCCUCUACUUCUUGCAGCUAGAGACUAUCCCCACUCCUGAUAGCAAGAGACAGAGUAUCCUGUUCUCCACAGAAGUGUAGGAGCCUUAAUCAGUCCGUGUGGAAUUUGCCAUGGGUGUGAACUGCCCCCCUCUGGGAAUGAGAGAAACACAUUACUCCUUCAGACAUUCCUGGUCUGUCCUUGCCUACCAGGAGGAAAUGAGGCCUUCAGUCCCUCUGCUAUCUGUCAGGCAAUGACAGGCUGAAGACUUUUUAAAAAAGAAAAAGAAAGAUUCCUUCCUCUUUUGACCACUAGAACAAGAAAGAACUGGGCCAGGCUGUGCUGUGAGUUUUCAACCAGCAGAGGGUAGCCCUGAGCAGCAAAAACUGUUUCUUGUGGGGUAUGUGAAAGAACAGAUUCCUCUGUGGGUUUUUUUUUAAUGGAAUUAAUUUUAUCUUUGGGAAGCUUCAAGAUUUCUACUUGGACCUCUCGUGAAGAGCAAAAGGAUAUAUCAAAACUGUAGCUUUAAUAGCUGCUGUUUUGGUUUUUAAUGGAAUACUGCAAAGUAUAUGCAUUUAUGAUGCCCUCUACAUGGAAAUUUAAAUAUUGAUUUCAACUAGUCUCUUUUUAAUAAAUUAAUUAAUGAAUUAGAGGCUUCAUAUACAAUCAAACCUCUUGGUUGGUUGUUGUUUUUGUCACAGACUUGCCUCUUUCCUUGGAAAUGGAGAGAAGAAACCACAUUUUCUUGCCUUUUGUCCCUUUUUGGGUAGGGGCUGCAUCAUAUUCCUGUUGCAUCAUAUUAAGGCCAGUGUGGUAAAGGAGACUGGGGGAGGUUGUGAUGAUGGCAAGCAUUUAGAUGACCUUACUUUCUGUGUGAACCAAAAAAAUAAUGGGCAAGGCUAAUGUGAAAGAUUUGCUAAAUUCUUCAGGCAUUCUAAAUAGAAUAGAGGAUCACUUGCAAAAUGGGGAACUUCAUCCCAUUCCCCCAUAUAAAAAAGAAAAGAAAAAACUUUUAUCCAGUUCUCCACCCAGAUGAUGAAGGCUGUGCCUACACAUAAACACCAUAACCUGUUAUCAACAUUUCUUCAGAGAUCUGGGGUACAAAUGCCAAUGGCUGUCUCCCAGCUGCUUGACCUAAACUUUCAUCAGAAUCGCUUUUUCGAUACUUGAAUUUUUAUGUUCUUUCUUGAGACUUUGUAUGUUGCUUAUGGAAAUUGUCUUUUCCACCUCAACCCCUUUUUUGCUGGUAAAUAUAAAUGUUUUGAUAAGAUGUUUGAUAACCUACACAAUGAUGGUUGAUUGAGCAGGGAGCAUUUUAUAUUUUUCAGAAAUCCCAGACAUUCAGCUAAGAUUGAAUGGACUUCAGAGCAGCCGUAUCUAGGCACCAGUGAAUUAUAGCACUGGGAAAGGAUCAGUGCUGGGAACUGGAAACAUGAACUAAUUGUAGAGUCCUCGAAUGGACAGGGAGGUUUUUGCUUUUGCUCUGAUAUUACAUUAUAUUUGGGGAGAUGUUUUCCCACUUGGUCAUCCAGCAUAAUUUUUAGUUAUACCCAUACAUGCCACCAAUUUUACCAAGAAGAUCAGAAACUGCUUGCAGGCAAGAGAGAAGAAGACAGAUCCCCUCCUUCCUUAUUAAAAGUGUGAUAAAGGGCUAAGAUGUUAAACUAAAUUGUUGGCUUGGUUCAGAAGAAGGACUGAAGUAGAGAAUGAGACUCCCACAAAGGUCUGUCAUGUUCCUCAGUUCUGAUAAAUAAAAGUGAUUCUCCUUGUUAAACAAAACUAAAAGGUAGUGGAGAAAUGUGUGUUUUGACAACCUUACUGAUGAUGUUUUUUUUGGUACUGUUCCAUAAUGUCAGCUGCUUUGGGUAUUUAUGAAAUCACACAUUCUGAAAGAGAGGAGAGGUUUUGUCAUUUUCAAUGUGUAUUCCCGCAACUUUCAUGUUCCUAAAAAUUAUUCAUAUGGGAAUCUGAUAUUAAUUAGCUCCUCUUCCUAUCAAGGCUACGAUACUGUCCCUGUUUAGACGUAACAUAUUUCAGCUUAUUAUAUUAUUUUAUUGUUCUCACUUUAUUUUAUACUGUUAUUGUUUUUCUAAUUGUCAUUAUUGUAUUUUAACAAUUUUUGUGUAAGCCACUCACAGAACUUUGGUUACAGAGUGGCAUAGAAAAUACCAUUAAUUAAUAAAUUAAAUUAUUAAGCCAAGAUAUGCACGAGCCUUGCAUUUGUGUGCUUCAUUCUGUCCUUCCUCCCUUCUCUUAAACAACAGAAAUUGCUGCCCAAAAAUGGUGUGAUAGCCAGUAACUUAAAUGGCUUUCAAAAAGCAGAUUAGGCAAAUCUGAUAGAGGAUAAGCCCUUCAGUGGCUAUUAGUUGUGUUGCCUACAUGGUACCUGCAGUGUCAGAGGCACCAGGAAGAGGCUUGUGUGGUGCUUUGUGAGCUUCCCAGAGGAAGCAUGCUGGACUAUAAAUGUAUUUGACCUGAUCCAGCUGCAGGACUCCUGCUAAAUAGUAUGCAGCAAGUGAAAUCGAUCAUUUACAGCUUUCAGAGUUUCAGGCACUGAUUAGAACAUGGUAGCCAUAGUCUCUUGGUUUGGAUGUAACAGGAAACUAUGGUAAAGUAACCCAGUAUGUCUUCAGUCAUGGGACACAGAGAAGAGAGAAAGGGACAGCAUUUGCAUGCACAAAGUUCAUUCGUAUUUUGGCUUAGUAAGCCAAGAUAUGUUACAUCCAAAUGGGGCUGCAGCAUGUUACAAAUGUUAUUCUCUUGACUAAUUUCACUAUAAUCUAAAUUCUACUUCUCCCAUUUCCCUUGCUGUUCAAUCAAGCCUUUAAAAAGAAGUGUGGAUUGCAAAGUAUUUGUGGAGGUGCUAAAUCUAACAUGCUAUUAAAUUUAGUAGUAGUAUUAUUUGAGGUAAAAAAUAAUGGGAUACCGUAUAUUCCGGCGUAUAAGACGACUGGGCGUAUAAGACGGCCCCCAACUUUUCCAGUUAAAAUAUAGAGUUUGGGAUAUACUCACUGUAUAAGAAAUACGACCCGGCGUAUAAGACGACCGCCGACUUUUGAGAAGAUUUUCCUGGGUUUAAAAGUAGUCUAAUACGCAGGGAUAUACAGUAAUUCUGUUAACAGGAAAAGAUAUACUGUCUGAAUUGCAGUUUUCUACCCUGCUUUGUCUCCUCCCAUACAACCAUUUCUCUUUCUGUCCUUCUAAGCCAGCUUUCCUCAUUUGCUGUGCUGGCUGGGGUUGAUGAGAGUUGUAGUCCAAAACAUCUGGAGAGCACUAGGAUGAGGGAGGAUGUUCUAGGCCAGGCAUCCCCAAACUGCGGCCCGCCAGAUGUUUUGGCCUACAACUCCCAUGAUCCCUAGCUAACAGGACCAGUGGUUGGGGAAGAUGGGAAUUGUAGUCCAAAACAUCUGGAGGGCUGAAGUUUGGGGAUGCCUGUUCUAGGCAAUGGUUCUCCCCUAUGGCUUUAUAGGGGAUGGAUGCAUGAGCUAUGGAGCUGGGAAAUGAUUGACCAAGCUACAGUAUUUACGGAAAUCUAAUGUAUCAUCGAAUCAAAUACGCACCUCAAUUUUCAAAACCUUGAAACCAAAAAAGUAUUUGCUAUGUCAGCAGUGUUUUUCAAGCUUGCAAUCAAAUCUAAUGCACCAUCAAGUCUAAUGCACACCCUAAUUUUCGUGAUGUAAUUUGGCAAAAAAAGGUGCACAUUACAUUUGAGUAAAUAUGGUAUCUCAGAUUUCUUCCCACUUAGUAGAAUGGCAGAAUUGAUUAAUCCCGCUCCAUAUUGAUGAUCAAUGUAUUGGACAAAACUCUAUUGUUGAGGGAUUUGGGGGUGGCCAUGCAAGGCUGGGGGUGAAGGAAGACUUCAGAUGUUGGGAUCAUUCCAUGGAUUCAGGAUACAAACGGAUUCUAGGCUAAACUGAGCUUGCCACCUUCAGCUCUCUUCAAAGAUGGAAAAGCGGGAGGAGCAUGGGUCAUCCUGUCCAAAUAUCCCAAAGUAUCUUGUUAGCAAAGGAUCCCCCCUAUGAUACAGUAUCAUAGCAUCCCUGUUUGGUCAAUUUUUGGUACGGCACUAAAAGUUUAUAUGCACACUUUCUCUGGAUUUACACAAGCCUAUUGCUGGGAAGUUUGGGGCCACCCCAAGUAAAAGAGAUAGUCCUUCCUUAACAUUCCAGUCAUACUUGUAUUGCAAGUUCAACUGGUCUCACAAUCACAGUCUUUCAUGUAGUUGUACAGGACUUGUGUUACCUGAAGUACCAGCACAAGGGAGCUGCAGAGAUUGGUGGUGCUUAAAGAGCUAAUCAGAUCCUCUACAAUGACACAUGAAAGACUUAGAGAGGCCUUAAAUGUUUUUCUUGAGAUGUGGGGGCUGGGGGGAGGGUUGCUUUGACCCUGUUCUGAGAACUGUAAUUUCUUAAGGGCUUCGUCUUUUUUUGUCUGAUCAUUUUGAAUUUGCACCACUUCUCAUUCAAAAGGGGCUGCUAUUUUCCUUCGUGCAUCAUUGGUUGUUACUUACCUAUAGCUGUGGCUUACAACUGGAAAAGCAAUACUACAAAGACUACAAAUGUGCCAAUUCACCUUGCCUGACUUACUGAUUUUUAAAAAUUUACAUAAAACUGUAAUUUUAAUAUUGAAUUGAUACUUUAUACUGCAUAGUUGUAAGGAGGAUGCCUUUGCUUUAGAAACCUUGAGAGCUGCUUUGAUGAGCAGGUGAAUUCUUAUAUGGAGGCAUGUAGAUGUGAGAGAUUGGACAAUUAAUUUAGGCAAUUAAUUGAUUUUACUAUUAGUAUUAAUAAUUAUGAAUUAUUAUUAGUAUUACAAACCUAUGCUUUCCUGAAUAAUUGGAAUCCUGAGCAGGGAAACUAGGGCACUUAAUUUAAACUGAUCUGAAAAUUGAGAAAGGGUUGGGGUUGUUGUUGGUUUUUUUUAAAUGAUCUGUUAUGCAUGCAACACACUGUAAAAAUGAUCCAGAUUUUCAAAUGAAGGGGUUCUUAUUUCCCCUGCUUGGAGUUUUCUUAAAACCACCAGGACUGCCUUUCAGUAUACUGGUCUCCACAUCAGCAUGGCCUUGCGCCUCUCUGAGGAUGAAACAUAACUGGGGUGAUGUGGGCGGGUGAUAAGCAAGUCACUACUUCAUAAGAAAGCCCUCAAGACAAGGAUUCCCUCCUUCUAGAGCAGGCAUCCCCAAACUGCGGCCCUCCAGAUGUUUUGGCCUACAACUCCCAUGAUCCCUAGCUAACAGGACUAGUGGUCAGGGAUGAUGGGAAUUGUAGUCCAAAACAUCUGGAGGGCCGAAGUUUGGGGAUGCCUGUUCUAGAGGGUGCCUCUGUCCCACUGCCUGCCUAAGCUGCUACUACUAGCAAGGGCUUCUACUCAGAGCUUAGGGUUGCCCUGCUCCCAAGCUCACAAUUUCCAAACUGAAGUCUCUAUCUGGGUAUCAAGACUAGUGCUUCCUCCACCUCACUCGGGCAGAGGGGACUUAGCUUUCCCCUGGCACCAAUGCAGCACUCGGGCAUCGCAUACUAGGUUGGGGAAGCAGCUUGCUCCUCUGUCAACACCGGCAAAUGCAUGUGUGAUCUUAAUGUCCCCUCGAUGCAUCUCUCACAGGCAAACUACAGAUUACCAGAUUGGUUAGUCUUGGAGGUGGUUGUUCCUCCAAUCUUUUCAGAGAUUUAAAGAAUGGGAGGGGCAGGAGGGGAACAAUACCACUAGAGUGACUAGACCAAACCAAAGAAGUAUGCAGCAUCCUUCUAAAGCUCCCCACCCCAAAGGGGGGAAAGUCCUCUUUUGCAGUAGCUUAAUAACUUUGCAUCAGAUUUGACCAAGAAUUGGUUGAGUGAAUAAAGGGUUGUAUCCAACAUCAGUUAUAUUCAAAGGAAAACCAUCAAAAUUAAUAAACAUUGCUAAUUUAUGUCCAUUAAUUUCAGUGAGUCUGCUCUGAGCAGCACUCAAUUAGAUACAACCCAAGGUGUUUUGUUUGUGAAUGCAAAAAAACCAAUAACUUAUAGCAGGCAUCCCCAAACUGCGGCCCUCCAGAUGUUUUGGCCUACAACUCCCAUGAUCCCUAGCUAACAGGACCAGUGGUCGGGGAAUAUGGGAUUUGUAGUCCAAAACAUCUGGAGGGCCGAAGUUCGGGGAUGCCUGACCUAUAGUUUCAGGUUAGGCUUUCCCUCCACCUGCCUUUAAAAUACAUAUUCUGAGAGGAUUUUCGCUUACUCUGCUCCACUGUGAAUUCUAGAAGCUUGGGCAACUGAUUUCUUUCACAUUCAGGUCCCAACUAUAGCAGGGAGCCCAGCCCUCCAAUGGCGAUCCCAUUCUUCCGGGAUGCAUUUGGUGUAUAGCUUGGAAAUUUCAAAUUAGUUAUAAGUGGGUGGGCAUAUAUUAUAGGUUUUGCAUAUCACUGAUAAACCAAGAUGAUAAUCUUGGCAGAUAAUCUUAUGGAAUCUUUUGAAGAUUAAUUUCUAUGCCUUAAUGUUAUAAAAUAAAACUUUAGAAGGCCUCUUCCCAAUCGCUUCCAAGUAACCCAGGGUAUUUUUAUUCCUCUUCUGUGAUUCCAAGUUCCUUAUGUAGCUUUCUCAAUGAACUGAAUUAUCUACCAUUUCCUGCUUUCACCCUUGUGGAGGUCAGGCUGUGAAAGUGGUGAGUGAGGGGAUUGGCUGCCUAUUCUGCACAUGUGCCCUGCUGAAUGUGCUACAUGGUUUAAUUUCUCACACAAGGGCCACACAGAGCUUGUGUCUGUUUUUUCAGCUCCUAUCCCAAGAGCUUGUCAAGGGGCACAAAGACUAAUGGAAGAUUACUUGUCUAAUCAGACCACUUUCACUUUCUUAGAUAUACAGUAGUGAACAUUCCAAAGCCUGUUAUAGGCAGGGGGGUUCCUGUUUUCUUCUAUAAACCUUCACAGACCAAACAAUUCUGCACUUGUAAGUAGAGAACAGGGAAACUCCUGGCCUCAGCAAAUCUCUGCAUGUGUACUGUCAUGGCUGGAUUGACAUUUAAGUAUACUGCAGUCUAGUGACUUAUGGCUUCUCAGUACACUUCUUAGCAUGUGCCUGUUAACUCUACGAGAGUAAGCAAAUGUAGAGGUUCUUCAUUUCCUUGGCUCUGACCACAAGAGUCUCCCCAGGAAGGUUGCCUUUAGUAUGCUUCAGGUUAUAAAACAAUUGCUAGUGUCAUUUCAGUAGGAAUUGUUUUUCCAUACUUCAUCACUCCUUUUGUAUUAUAAGCGUUAGUGUCAAGGAAGGUAUUCUUCCAGAAAGUUUCUGAAAACUGAUUCAUAAGAGAGAAGAAGUGUACAUAUCCUCUGUCAUCUCUUCAUCACCAUUAUGUUCUGGUCCUCUUUUCACUGACCACCCUGCUAGUAGUCUGUGCAAAUAUUUACCAGUAUUUAAAAGUUAGCUUCUGGGUCUCACUGCUUUGUGGCCUUUAGCAUUAUCAGGAAAGAAUGCAGGGCUUAUGAAGGGGCAGAACCGUAAUUCAGGUAGAAGCUUCCUUAGUUAUCAGUGGUUCCUGCUCUGUUCCAAAAAGCUAAGUAAAUCAGCCAGGUUACUUGUGGUAAGCAAAACCUGCCACAUCCAGAAAAACUCAGGUCACCAGGUGCAGAUUUACUUUCACUUGGUGUCCCUUCAGUUAACACCAAUUUACGUUCUUUAUAUUACAGGGUCAUUGCCAUUCAAUCCUACAUGUAAAAAGACAAAGUACUUGGGAAUGGCAAAAACAUGCCUUCAGCAUCACAUCACAUCUCACCAAUCUGGAGAUUAGGACUAAGGCUGGUGCAGCACUAGCAAUGUAAUGUAAUCUCGACUGUAACAGGGGGUCUUACACAAACUUUUGACUGGAUUUGUUUAUGUGAAUUCAGUUCCUGAGGCAGGAUGACUUACAGGAGAAUUUCUUCAAGUAAUUUCCAGUCAAUAUCCAAGGUUAGCCAUCACUUAGUGUUCAGCCAAUUCUUUGAGAAAGAUCACUCGAGUAGGAUUCCUGAUUCUGAAUGGGAGUUGAAUCUAGAAAUGGCUUUCUGGGUGAAGAUUAUUCACCCAGAUUAAUCUGGAUCUCCAUCGAUCAGGAAUAGUCACAUAAUCUUUCUUGCAGGGAGUGGUAAUGUAGAUGAUCAGCCUUACAUUGAUAAACAAUUAAAAAAUAUUUUAAGAGGGUAAACUUGCUGACAGUUACUCCCCUUUGAUCAUGUCUUGUAUACAUCAGCAUUUUUAUCAGUAGUCAGGAAGAAACUACUCAUCGUUUAUAAAUGUGUACAAAAGUGAAUGCAUAUGUUCUGGUAAUAUGAUGGCAUGUUUUGACCAAGAAGAGAGGUGACAGGCCUCCUGUGAGUAAUUGCUUCCUAUGAUAAAAGGUAAGGAUUCAUGAAGGGAUAUCAUGCAGUAACUGCAUUUAUCACAUGAAUACCGUAGGAACGCUUGCCCUCACUGUGUUAGUCAAAAUAAGCUAUAAUGAAUUUAGAUGAAAUUAUUAGCAAUGGUUGUAAGUUACUGUGUGGGAAGGACAGCAAAUAGGCUAUUUUAUUAUAAACGGGUUUCUGCCUUAAUCUUUCCUUCUGUUAAACUAACAUUCUCACAACUUGAAAAGAUAUUUUGGCAUUAGCUGUUUUGAGCAAGUUGGAAAAAAUGAAGUUGAUUUUGCACUGACAUCCUGCUUCACAGGCCUUGUAUCAUUUUAACCAUGACCCAUCACCCACAUGUAUGAAAUGCUGGCAGUAGAUAUGACUCAGUCCACGUUUGCUAUUCUGGAUCCCAUUAAUUUCAAUGGGAGAGUUAAGCAUCUAUUGAAUUUUCUCCUACUGAAAUGAGGGGAACCAAGAAGUUGCUAAUUUUGGCUGGUGGUUUUCCCAUGACACAUGCCCUGCAAUUAAAAAACAACAACAAUCAGAUAAUACCCAAGGAUUGCCCAAGGGUAAAUGAGUAUGUAAAUAUUAGGUUUGUUUAAAUUUUGGAGUUAUCUUGGAUGAAUGAUCACAAAACCCAGGCCCACAAAAAUGUAUUAACAGCUGGAAAUGCAUCAUUCGGCAUCUUCAAUGUAGAAGUGAUUCUGUUAACUGCUUCUAUGUCCAAAUUAAAUUUAUACAAAGCAGUAGAAAUACAGAAUAAAAAUACUGAGUUAUACAGCUAGAGUAAUCAAGCUGAAAUAAGGUAAAAAUUUAUGAGUUGGACAAUAUGAAAUAUGCAUCCUUUUUGUGGUUUUACUUGGACUUGCCUAUGUAACUUAUGUAACUUCCUUCUCUCUGUUAAUGAUCCAUGUUGAAUUCAGAGGAAAGCAGAUGAAUAAACUAUUUAUUUAAGUAUAAAUGCAAUUAAAUUAUAUAAAUGCUUGCAUUUUCAGCUUAUAGAGAAGGAUUUUUUUGUUGACUGCUAGGUCACAUAUCAGCCAUGAAGCUAAUAUUAUUUGUCAUUGUUUUUAAGACCGCCUUCAUGUUUUAAAAGCAUUUUUGCAUUGGUAUUUUAUACUGCUUCAAUAUUCCUUGCUUCAAUAUUCCAAAGAGUCCAAUUCAGAAAAGAAAAACAGUAAAGUUGAUUCUGAAGAGAGAUGCUGAGCACUUGGAACUGCUGUGGAAUAUAAUUGUUUUUCUAGUGCUUUUGUCUGUCUGGAACAGGUCCAAAAAAACAGCAAAAAGUUAUGGUAAACUUAAAAGGUGUCAUAAAAAAGAAGGAAAUGAAAAGGGACUGAAAAACCUGUAUUUGGGAAACAAGGAGAUCCAAGGCAUUUGUAGUCUUUGUUUGUACACAAUGUUAAAUAAAUUUAUUCCGUAUCUGUUUAAUGGACUCACCUGGUCUUAUUUCUCAGCAGGCUGUAUCUGGAACAGAAUGAAUAUGUGAAGCAUUCCUUGAAGACAGGACAAACUGAGUAUCCUAGCACCAUGGGGACAGAACUUAAUUUGAACCAGGGCUCAACUCCAUCGUUUAGAAAAUGUUUCAGAGCAUCUACAGAAUGUAUUUCCCUUACCUCAGGAGACUGUUCCCCAUGGGGUUGUAACUAAUAAUCAACAGUUACAUACAAAAGCACAAUAAACUCCACAAAACAGUGCAGUAUUGUUGUCUACUACAAAAAACACACAACUGAAAUACUGUAGAAGCCACCCUACAUUCUUUCUAAACUUUUCAAGUUGGUGACAUACUUUUUGGACAUGCAUCAUUUCGCGACACAGUAAUUCAGUUUUGCAUCAUUUCGUGACACAGUAAUUCAUUUUUACUAGCAAACCAGAGGUUAAACUAAACCUUUCAAGCCCCAGGAGGAGCAUGGGGUUCGUUCAUGUGACACACCUACACACUGCAGCCAACACACUAACGUGCCGUGACACACAGUUGGGAAAGCUCUGCUAUAAUUAACUUAUAUGCCAAAAUGACUCCCUCAACUCCCAGACAGUAACCUCUCCCAAAUACAUCCUUAGCAGUCCUCCACAUUCAAGCCUCACUCUCAAAAAUCCCCACCAACCAUCCAGAUAACUAAUUCCCAGCCAACCAGUUAUUAAAGAGCAAAUGCAGGUGCAGGUAUAUUGUCAGUAUGUCAUGCUUUUGCUGCAGGUUUACUAA